CGCGGGAGGCUGCUCGGUGCCGCCGCCGCCCGGGAGGGAGGUUAUGUAAGGGGGAAGGGAGGCGGCAGCGGGAGGAGGAGCAGGACGCUUCGCCGUGCCGCCGGGCAGCCGCAGCCGGGAGCCGAGCGGCCGCAUGUGCGAAGUGGGAACCCGGCCGCCGCUGGCCGCCGAACGCGGGGAGCCGCCCGGGGGGGCCGCCGCCUCCGAGAGGUGCCGAGACAUGGGAGAACAGCCCAUCUUCACCACCAGAGCCCAUGUCUUCCAAAUUGACCCCAGCACGAAGAAGAACUGGGUCCCCGCAAGCAAGCAGGCUGUAACUGUUUCCUACUUCUAUGACAGCACGAGAAACAGCUAUCGGAUUAUCAGUGUGGAUGGAGCCAAGGUGAUCAUAAACAGCACAAUCACCCCCAACAUGACCUUCACCAAAACCUCGCAGAAAUUCGGCCAGUGGGCGGAUAGCAGAGCCAACACCGUGUUUGGGUUGGGCUUUCCCUCUGAGCAGCAGCUGUCCAAGUUUGCAGAGAAAUUCCAAGAAGUGAAAGAGGCUGCCAAGCUAGCAAGAGACAGAUCUCAAGAGAAAAUUGAGACCUCAAGUAAUCAUUCACAGGAAUCUGGGCGUGAAACACCAUCUUCCACCCGAGCAUCUAGUGUGAAUGGGACAGAUGAUGAGAAGGCAUCCCACGGUGGUUCUGCUGAGGCACAGCUCAAGUCUGAGAAUGAUAAACUAAAAAUUGCUCUAGCCCAAAGUUCCUCCAAUGUAAAGAAGUGGGAGACAGAGCUGCAGACACUGAGGGAGAGCAACGCCCGCCUGACCACAGCGCUGCAGGAGUCGGCUGCCAGCAUAGAGCACUGGAAGAAGCAGUUCUCAGCCUGCAAGGAGGAGAAUGACCAGCUCAGAAGCAAGAUUGAAGAACUGGAGGAGCAGUGCAAUGAAAUAAAUAAGGAGAAGGAAAGAAACGCACAGCUGAGCAGACGUCUCCAGGAGCUGGAAACAGAGCUUCAAGACAAAGAGCUGGAACUGGAAGAGCUCCGAAAGCAGGGUGAAAUUAUACCACAGCUCAUGUCAGAAUGUGAAUCUGUAUCUCAACAAUUACAGGAUGCUGAGAAUAAGAACAAAGAUCUUGAAGAGAAAGUCAGAACACUAAGGACAGAAGUUGAAGAGAGCAAACAUAGGCAGACCAACCUUAAAACUGAAUUAAAGAAUUUUUUAGAUGUACUAGAUGGGAAGAUAGAUGAAUUACACGAUUUCCGACAAGGACUGUCUAAACUUGGAGUUGACAACUAGAUGGCAAUAGAUUUUUGUAAUCUAGGGUCUGGAUGUUUGAUGUUUUGUUGGCCCCAAUCCAUGUGUUUUACAAAAUAUAACUAGAAUGUUCCACGUGUUUGCAUUGUUUUUGUACAUAGAGGCUGAAAAUUUGCUGUGGGUUAUUUUGGGUUUUUGUUUAUUUGUUUUCCAAACCAAUCGUGCUGCUUGCUCAAUUCUUUUGAGGUUAGAAACUUUCUAUGCUGCUGCUCCGGCUUUGUGGGGUUGGGAACAGGUAGAGGGUUCUGUCUCAGGAAUCUGGAACUAGAUCUACCUUAAAAUGAAUAUGCAGUUAGUUGUUGCAGGGAAAUUUAUAUCUUUCUUAAGGGCUGUUGCAACCAUAGAAACAGAAAACAAGUCUUUUUUUUCCCAAACUAUCAGCACCCCUAGCAACGUAUCCUUUUAUUCCUUGGCCAAGCAGAGAGAUUAGAUGGAGCUCCUGCAGUCUGUAAAUCAGCCUGGUAAAAUGUGCCUGUGAUGAGCUGCAGUCAAGUGAAUCACUUGACGUGCAUGCCAGUAUCUUUAGGGACCACAUCGAUCAGGCCUGAUUCAGAGAGUAAAAUCUAGAGGAUUUCAUAUAACCUUCAAUUCAGGCUGCAUGUGCUUGCUUGGGUCCAAGGCAGCGCCAAGACAACAGAGUAGAAAUGAAUUUCAGCUCUUACACUUCAAGUCACUCAUUACCUAUAGGUGAGGACAGCUCCUCUUGCUUGGCAUGGCAUCUCUCUUUGAACCAUCAUCUCAGUUUGGAACCCUUACUGUUCAGUCACUGCGUGUGCCUCUGAAAAGUGCACACUGAGUCUUGGGACCAGAUAUUAAUUUUAGGAGGGGACAUACUGCUGCUUUGUACGCAGUGCACGUGCAUUUCUGUGCACCUCUAUCACUGCUGCUCGGCUGCCACAGCGGGGGCACAGGGGGCGUGAUCAGAAAAGCAUUCAGGAGGUCAUAGGAAGCAGCUUCCUGCCUAGAAGAUUUGCAGGUAAUGACUGCAUGAAACCAAAACCCCUUUCUUUCCUAUGAUUCCUGUGUUCCUCCCUCAGGGGACAGGCGGGUGGGAGUUAGUCACCAAGUUAGACUGACAAAAAAAGAAAAGCCCCAACCCAAUCUCUAAGGCAGAAAAUGUAGUCUUUGUUUAUUCAGCAGCUCUAAAUAUGUUUUGAGAAAUGGAGACUCGCACCGGAUGGCAGCGAGGACAUCGCUGUGUCACCGACUGAUGUGAGAAGGACCAGAGAGGAGCCCACACUUUGCUUUUAUCCCUAGGAAUGCCGUCAGCUUCUUCAAUUUCUUUCUCCGUAUCCUGGUUUGAGAUUCUGUUUACACUGCAUCUGAAUUCAUUCAGGAAAGAACUUGUGAUUAUGGAUAUUUGCUUCUAUUGGGUGGAAGUUUGGUGAAGCACCAGGUGAGUGCAUUCCAGAAGUGACUGAUUCAGUAGCCACACUAUAAUGUUUGCAUAUUAUUUCUUAGGGACUUUUUCUUUCUUGGCGUGUUUCUAUUAUAAAAGUGACCUUUAGAAGAUGUGGGUUAGAGAUGAAACACGUGUUGAAUUAUUUUUGCACAUGGCUCUAUAAUCCACAUGCUGGAGAUGGGUUUUGUCUGCCAUUGUCCUAGGAGUUUUCAUUUCAUCCAUUGUGUUACCAUUAUUGCCUAUUGUUCAGACUGGACGUUUUGUACUCUUUUAAUCCUUUUAAAUGACACGUGAAGCUGGGACCUUUUAUAGUUACUAUGACCAUUUAAGUCUUAAAAAAAAAAUAAAUGCUGUAGGCUGUUGAAAUUUAAAAAUAAAAAUAAAAAUCAGGUACAUAGCAUGUAGGCGUGUGAAAAUUAAACUUUGCCAGCCUAGAAUAUUCAACAGUUGCAUAAUGUGGGGUUAGGACAGACUUCUCAAAAUUGAGAAUGACGUCAGAAACUGUGUGUGGUGGUGAGCAAGCAAUCUCCAUUUUUAGUCUUUCUAUUUGAUAGCAAGUCCAUGAUCAUGAAACAGGCAGCUUGUCCUGCUUCUCCUCUUCCCCCCAUACUGCUGCAGAGCUCCAUGUGUGGGGGAGCAAUACAGGCAGUCAGGGCUCCUGGUUGCAGUGCUCAUCAUUCUGCACUAAGGACCCUGCUCCAUCUCCUGCUUCCUUUUGUCUGUUAUGUGAUCUUAGGGCUUCUUGCUCUGGUUUUAAUAUAAAAUACGGUCAAAGGAGUACAAAAGACUGCAAAUAAAUGAUACUAUUGAGAUUAAUCCAGGCUUUUUCCAGCUUUAGUCAGAUCUGUCGCAGAUCCCAAAGCUUGAUUUUAUUCAUUAUUACAGCUCAGAGCCAUGUAGACCCGUAUGGCUGGUGAUGAGGAAUGUCAGCUCUAUAUCCAUUGUACAUGAGGCUGUAUCUCGCCUUGAGCACCCAUGGUCUCACUCUCCACACACAGGUUUCUCCCUCAGAGUGGUGCAUGGCAGGAUGCUACCUCAGCUGUGUGGCUGCAUGUUUGCAAAGGCCUUCUGCCCGGCUCCAAGCGCCGCUGCUGCCCCUCAGCCAUGCCCUGCCCCGGUGGCACCUGGAAAGCUGGGGCUCUGGGAACAGAAAUCUGCCCUGACAUUCUUUAGGGAGAGCGUCUGUCUGUCUUCCAUGCGCUCCAGAGAGAUACUCUUCUGACACGGUGUUAGAGCUGCUGGUAGUCUUGGUUUUUCUCUUGGUGCAGUGGCCAAAGUAAGCUGAACAGAUCCAGUAGAAGUGGUCAGAGGCAGAAAAAUGACUUGAGAUAAUUGUUGUCAAGGGGAAUGGAAUGUUUCUCUGGCAUGUUAGUUAGCAUAUUGGAAGAUGACCUUAGCCUAAUCGUUAGAAUGAGUUCAAAAUGAGAAACUUUUUUCACAACCAAAAAGUUUCACAAAGCAAAAUAACACAGUUUAACCUUUUCCUUUUUUUCCUAUUUGGCUGAAGCCUUAUUUGCUGAUUUUUGUCUCAAAUUCACAAGUAGUGGCAUUUUCCCAGAAAGUGUAUUUUCAACAAAAUUAGCAUUUGCCAGUGUUCCUUUGUCCAUGUCUAAUAGGCAUUUCCUUUAUGAAGUGAGCAAAGUGCAAGAGGAACUUACUUUUGCAAGGAGUUCAGUGCCACCUCUCACUUUCUAUACCCAGCAUUCAAAAUACUCUUCUUUAAAAAUGGCUUUACACUCGGGGUGCCUGGGCUAUGCUACUCAGGCAAUGCCUUUUUUAUAUUAAUUUAUAUUUUUUUUUACAGAAAAACAUCUGAUUUUACCUUUAUGUGAGGGAUGUAGGCAUUUUUUUUAAUUUUUUUUUUUAAGGCAGAUCAAUGAACUGAGUGAAGUGGGAGGGCUUCUGCCAUCCAUGACAUCCUGUCAUUACUUUUAGAGCACUGUGUCCCCGUCCCAGCCAGGCACAAAUGUCUCGGUGCUGUGGCACUUCUCUAUUGCCCCAUUUCAUUUUUUUUCCCUGAGGUUCACUUUCUCCCCAUGGCUGUCUUGUUCAUUUCUGGUCAUCUUUGGCUGCAUCCCAGCCCCCAGAGGAUGGUCCCCACACUGCUGCAGUCCAACGUGUCUUGUUAGGCUUUACAAACUAAACACAUUAAAGCUUUGGUGGCUUCUCGCAAGUACAGCGUUGUCUUCCUGAGCCUCUGGAUUAAGAAAAUAACACUGCUGUCAGAGUGAAGGGCUGCAUGUCUCAGUGUAUUCUAGAUGCUGAUUCCAAAGGGAAGAGGUUUAAACAGGAUUUAGGGAGGUGCGUCUGAUUUUGGUGAUUGUUGUGGCGGAAGCUUCAGUGCAGGAUGUGCCCUAUGCUCAGCCCUGCGCUGAUGGAGCACCAGAGGUCUGAGAUGGCCUUAGAAUGAGCAGUUCUUGGCUCCUGAAAUCUGUUGGUAUCCAAAAGUCUUCAGCAUAUCAAAGAUGGAGGGAGGGGCAAGAAGUGAAUAUCCAUGCACAGCUGAGUGGCCCAAGAGCCAGGCAGCUUGUGUCAGAACACGGGGGAGUGAUGAGGCUCUUUGGCACAGUUGGGUGGCUGCAAGGCAUAGAGCUGCCCUGGGGUUAUGUCUGACCCCCUGAGUUCACUCACCUUUGUGUUAAGCACAGCAGUACGUAGGCACAAGGCGCUUAACCCAGAAGCAGCUGCAAGCUGAGGUCCCAUGGGCACGUGCAGGCCUGAGAGCUCGGCGGUGUUCAUGCUGACCUCUAGGAGAUAAAUUGACCGUUACAUGAAGUUUGCAUGUCUGAAGUACUGGUCUCUGUGUUAACCAACAUAGCUGAAGUGAAACCCACAUUCAGGAGACUGCCAACAGAGUGACAGCCAUACUUCCCAUUGGGUUCUGCAGGCAGAAGGCAGAGUGGGGCCUCUCGCAGUCUGACUUUGUGCUGUGCUCUGUUAGCGCUUCUCUUUUUAUUUUAUGACAGUCUAAAUACACCAUCUUCAAAUGAAGGUGCCUAUGCCUCCAGGUUUCUUUUUUUCUACGUGUAUUUUGAAAUAGAUAGCUCUUUCCUUUCUGGUCAUUCAGUUACCUAAUAUUGGCACAGACAAGAAAGGCACAUGAGAAAAAUCAAUCCACUAGUGUAUUUUUUGUGUGGUAUUUGGGGGUUUACGUGUUUGUUUGUUUGUUUUUAACACUGGUCAGCAAUAAUUAUUUUAGCCAUAUACUAGCUAAAAAAAGACCAAUAAAGCAGGAUUUGUGAGCUAAGCUUCUCCAUUUGCAGUGUGCUGCCCAACCUGGGCAUGUGAAAGGGAGCUGUGCUCAGUAGGAGUGUUUUGCAGCAUUUUGUUGUUUUCCUUCCCUGGCCUGAUAGUGAUCACGAGCAUAAUAUUCUGUAAAACUCAUCAUGAAUGGUGAACAAAGCACAUUGUUUUUAACAGAAAUAUAUCCCUUUGUCAUUGAAAGUUCUUAGUGUGAUCUGCGAUACCAAAAUAUUUAGAUUAUUAUGAGACUUUAGUACUGAAGAUAUCCAUGCUCCCUGUUUUAACUGUUUCAAGUGAAGUUUAGUGAAUGAGAAUUUGUUGAUACACAACUGUGGGAAAACACUGCAGUGCUCUAAAUGUAUAUUUUUAUUUGGUUUUGUUAUAUUUAGUAUAUGAGUUAAUAGAAACUGGAGUGUUUACUACAGUUGGAUCAUUGUAAUAACAUCUCUUACCUCGUCGUUUUGUCUGCUGUGAAAAUAUAUUUUCUUUUUUUUUUUUUUUUUUUCAAAUUGGCCAUAGUCAAUGUUAACAUUUAGACUCCUAGUAGCAGUAAAUGCUGGGUUUUAUAUAUAUAUAUAUAUAUAUAUAUAUAAAAGAAAAAAUUGAUUUUUUGCUUUAUGAACUUAUAAAACUUUGUGAUUUUUAUCUGAUUUUAUUGUAACAUAAAGUUGUUUUACGUAAAAAUAUAUAGUUUAAGUAAAAUCUCUUGUCUCACUGUCUUCAUUGACUUCAGCAAAUGGAUAGUGUUUCCCUGCAGUGUAUCACGUGGUUGCAAAGCUGGACUCGAGGUAAUGCUGUCACAGUAAGAAAUGUGAUUUAGAUCUAUCUGUAUGCUGUAGUGCAUUAGAUACAUACUCUAAAAACCUUAUUUCCAUGAGGUAGAGCUUAGAAACCUUUGUUCUGCUCUACUGUUAGAACAGCUAGAGGGGGGUGCAGGGCUGUGCAGAGAGAUAAGUGCUGUACUAGAGAAGUCAUUUCUAGAUAUAUUGUGGUAUGAAAUUUGGGACUUAGUGCACUCUGGGUAAGACCUCUCACUGGAAGGAGGCUCUGUGUCGUUCUGCUGGGGGAUGCUCAGGACCAAAAACCUCAUGGAGUCUUGUACCUGGUGGAGCAGCCUUGGUGGCAGCCGGAACUGCUCUUUUCUUUUGACGGAUGUUUUUGGAGGGAUAAAUGGGACCCAGGAGUAAGCCUCUGUUGUUCUCCAUUAAGAUCCUGAGGUUAGCAGCACUCUCCCAGCAGAGGCAGUUUUCCAAGGUGAAACAGCUGUGUCCCACAGCCCAUCCCUGAGUGGGGAUAGCACUGUGCUGCUGCUACAGAUUGCACAUAAAGAUGCUUUCAGCAUCCUUGUGUUCAUCACACAGAAACAGUGUUUGCUGUCUUGGCAUUAACCCAGGCCUCCCCCAAGGGAUUUAUAAGGUUUGAAGAUUGCUAAAUGGAUGAGGCUUGUUGUGCCUUUGUUACUCUGGGUUACACGGCUGCAAAUGUCAGCACUGGGGUGAGCGGGAAGCACAGCCUCUCCUGACCUUUCUCCAGAGCUCUUCGAUCAGGAGCCAUCCAUAGCUCUGCCAAAUAGCUCAGUAAUCUGGGGCAGCCCCUGAGUAACCAGGAGAUGUGAAAGCGACUCAUGUGCACUGUAGCAGUUGUGGGAAGCACUGCUCCUUGCUGGCUGCCUGGCACCCUGGUGACGAACAUUCCCAGCAGACGCAGCCAGGUCAGUGAGCUGAGGUGUCAGGGAAAUCAGCUGCCGCAUGCCGAUAAUGCCUUCAUUGUCACUUUUGACUGGAUUCCUAUCAGGAAGCUUGGAGAGCCUCCAAAACAAGGAGAUGCAAGUUUCCACCGUUCAUUAACCUAGAGAUGAGUGAUGCCAAAUGGGAUCCUGGAGACUCUUGAAGAAAGGACCCAGG